ACGGGUCAAACGGGAAACGAAACACCCGAAAAGAGGCUGACGUUUCUUCAAACUGUCAUCAGACGUGGUCCUCGUCGCAUCGUUCUCUCUGCGAGUCGUCGUCGUGUUUUGCUUCUGGUGCAUUUUCGCUAACAGUUUUUUAUCUCUUUAGCUGAUCUGUCGUAGUUUUUCGAAUCUUUCCUAUCCGCAUCCCCUAUCCCGCCGAUAUCAUGGACGGAUCAAACGCAAACUCCGUUCCCAAGAGGAGCCCGGCCCCGGAGGGAGAUUUGGACCAGACUCCGAUCUUUCUAGCGGUACUCGUUGUGCUCAUUACUCUCGCGCUGUUGUACGUUUGGAAGAAGAAGCGCACGGCUCGAUCUGAUGUCUUGCUAAUGGGCUUAUGCGAUUCGGGCAAGACGCUGCUAUUUUCACACCUCAUCUUGGACGACGAGAAGGAGACGUUUACCUCGAUCAAGGAGAACCUCGGCUAUCUCACGACUUCCAGCGGCGAGUUACGCUUGGUGGACAUUCCAGGUCACGAACGGUUACGCGGGAAAUUCUUCGACCAAUACAAAAACCUGUCCAAGGCGAUUGUAUACGUUAUCGAUAGCGUCACGGUGCAGAAAGAUAUUCGUGAUGUUGCCGACUUUCUGUACACGGUUUUGGCCGAUAAAGCUACAGUAAAUCUGCCGGUGAUUAUUCUAUGCAACAAGCAGGAUGAAGCCUUGGCCAAGGGCGAGGGCGCCAUCAAAAGUUUGCUGGAGAAGGAAAUAAAUUUGGUCCGUCAGACAAGAACUAGUCAGUUGCAGUCCGUGGAUCCCCAGAGUACGGAUGCUGUAUUUCUUGGUAGACAAGACAAGGAUUUCGAAUUCGGACAGGUCUCGCAAAAGGUCAAACUGGUUGCCUGUUCGGCUAAGGAAUGCCAACUCGAUGAUUUGAAUGCAUUUUUGGAUAGCUUAUAAGAAUGGAACGAUAAGACUUUUGUUCGUAUUUUUUCUUACCAGUAAUUAUUUAAGGAUUGUGGAGGAAGUAUCUAGGGUAGGUUAUUUUGGUUUUCUGUUUUAUCUCGUAUCGAAGAUGGUUGAUGUUAUGUAUCUUUCUACUAAUCCAGUGUGUCCUAUUUUCUUUAAUAAAUCUAUAAAAAAAACAA